AUGCAGGCCCUGCAGAAGGUGGCCAACUGGCUGAGGGGGAGCUCGCCAGGCGACCAGGCAUCCACAGCACCUGACGAGGCGGCAUCCGCUGCCGCAGGGCCGGCCCCACUCGGCAAGCGCAAGGCGCCCGACGAGGCGGAGGCGGCGGGCGAUGGCGCCGCCAAGCGCCCGGCGACGGCUGCCAGGCCCUCCCAGCCUGCCAGGCAGCAGCAGCCGGCAGCGGCAGCAGCACCAGCUGGCAAGCGCAAGCUGGGUGCUGCAGCAGCCGAGGAGAUCGAGCCCGCCGAGGCCGCCGCCGCCGCCGAGGAGCGCUCGCCCGGCGCCGCGCCGCGGCCCGCGGUACGGCCCCGCCGCGAGCCGCCGGCCGCCGCCGCACCGGCGGAGCCCGUGGGCUCCCCGGCGCCUUCCCCCUACCGCAUGAUGUCGCCCAAGCUGGGUGCUGCGCCGCUCAACCAGCUGCCGGGCUACAACUUCAGCAAAGCAGCCAAGUUGAGGCGGAGCUCGACUGCCUCAGACCUCACCACACGCACCACCGCGGGCAGCGGCGCCGCCGGCGCCGCAGCCGGCGCCGCGCCCGCCAGCGGCGGCACCCUGCAGCCGACGUUCCGGCGCAAGCUGGCCGCGCCGCCGUCGCGCCUGGGCGGCACGCCUGGCAGCCGCGGCCUGCGUGCGCGGCUGCUGCCCUCAGAGCCGCCGGAGCGAGCGGGCAGCCUGUCGGAGUUUGAUCGCCUGCUGCCGGGCUUUGAGGCGCCCGCUCCUGCUCCCACUCUGGCGCUUCCCAGCACGUCGGCCGCGCCAGCGGGCGGCAGCCUGGCUGCUGCGGGCCUUGCGGCUUCCCCGCCCACCGCAGCAGCGGAACCCUCGGGCGGCAGCAUCGCGGCUGCCCUGGCUGAGGCUGGCGGCAGCAGCGACAAGAAGGGGCGGCGGGGCAGCCGGCGUGGCUCGGCGGCCGCCGAAGCUGCCGGCGCGGCAGCGGGCGGCGUUGGGAUCGGCGCCGCGCUGGCUGAAGCGUCUGCUGCUGCCGCUGCAACAGCUAAAGAGGAGGCACCUGCCAAGGCAGCAGCAGAAGGCGGCGGCGCAGCAGCAGCAGCAGCGGUGCCUGCACCCGCAGCCUUUGCCUUUGGCGCGACCCCUGCGGCAGGCACGGCAGCGGCCCCAGCCGCCAGCAUCAGUCUGGUGGCCGGCGGCACGGCGGCCGGCCCAGGCGCCACCAGCGACACAGCCGCCACCGAGGCGGCUGCAGGCAAGGCGGCGGCGGCGGCGGCGGCGGCCGGCGGGCCCACCUUCGCCUUUGGCGCCGCCAGCUCAGCAGCUGCCACCGCCGGCCCCGCCCUGUCCUUCCCUGCAGCCAGCUCGGCAGCGGCGGCGCCAGCAGCAGCGGCCGCAGCUCCAGCCUUCAGCUUUGGGGGCGCGUCUGUUGCAGCCGCAGCCGCGGCUCCAACGGCUGCUCCAGCGCCGGCAGCAGCAGCUCCUUCCGCGGCGCCAUCCGCCCCUGCGGCCGCCCCCACUUUUGCUUUCGGUGCGACAGCCCCAGCUGUGCCGGCCGUGAGCCAGCCUGCACAGCCGGCGGCGGCAGCCGCAGCGCCGGCCGGCCCCGGAGCUGGCGGCUUCACGUUUAAAGCGGCAGCUGCAAGCAGCGCUGCGGCGCAGCCCGCCUCGGCGCCUGCAUUCGCCUUUGGCGGCGCGGCGCCCCCUGCCACAGCCGCCGCACCAGCAGCGGCCACGCCGGCCGGCACCGCCGCUCCGGCGCCUGCGGCGGCAUGUGGGGUCGGCGCCGCAGCACCCCCUGCCAGCACCGCAGCGCCAGCUCCGCUUGCGUUUGGCGCAGCCAGCGGCGCCGCAGCGCCCCCUGCCAGCACCGCGGCGCCAGCCCUGUUUGCAUUUGGCGCAGCCAGCGGCGCCGCAGCGCCGGCAGCCAGCACCGCGGCGCCAGCGCCGUUUGCGUUUGGCGCAGCCAGCGGCGCGGCUGCGCCACCUGCCAGCACCGCAGCGCCAGCGCCGUUUGCGUUUGGCGCAGCCAGCGGCGCGGCUGCGCCGGCAGCUGCCGCCCCUCCUGCAUUCGGCUUUGGAGGCGCCGGCGCGGCUGCUGGCUCAGCAGCCGCGCCGCAGGCUUUUGCCUUUGGCGCUCCAGCCUCCUCUGCGGCCGCAGCCCCGCCUGCCGCCGCGCCCGCGGUCGGCGGGCUAGGAGCAGCAGCCGGCGCACCCGCCGCGGCCCCGCCUGCAGUAUUCGGCUUCGGUGGUGUGGCGGCGGCCAGCGCAGCCCCCGCCCCCGCCUCAUCGACCUUCCAGUUUGGCGGCGCCGGCUCGCAGCCGGCGGCGGCGCCGCAGCCGGGGACUGCGCUCGGGCAGGCGCCUGCUGGAGGCGCGCCGGCAGCCGCACCUGGCGGCUUUGGCUUCGGCCAGCAGCCGGCAGCGCAAGCCACAGCUCCAGGCGGCUUCACCUUUGGGCAGCAGCAGCAGCAGCAGCCAGCCGCGGGCGGCUUCCAGUUUGGCGCGCAGCCGCCGGCGGCGGCGGCGCCAGCGUUUGGCGCUGCGCCAGUCUUUGGUGGCGGGGCGCCGGCCUUUGGCGCACCGCCUGCGGCGGCUCCUGCUUUUGGCGCAGCGACGGCCUUUGGUGGAGCACCUGCUGCGGCACCUGCCUUUGGCGCGGGGCCUGCAGGCGGCGGCGCUUUCGCCAUGGGACAGGAUGCUGCGGCGGCGAGCAGCGGCGGCAGGCGGCGCGUGACGAUCCGGCGGCCAGGCCGCAAGUGA